GUAGGCAGAAGCGGAAGUGCGGUCCACGAGGGAACCUCGCUGCAGUUAUGGGUGCCCCGGGAGGCAAGAUCAACCGGCCUCGAACGGAGUUGAAGAAGAAACUGUUCAAGCGCCGGCGGGUUUUGAACCGGGAGCGGAGGCUGAAGCGCAAGGUGGUCGGGGCUGUGAUAGACGAAGGGCUGAUCACGAGGCACCACCUCAAGAAGAGAGCGUCCAGUGCUCGUGCCAACAUUACUCUGUCUGGGAAGAAGCGCAGAAAACUCCUACAGCAGAUCCGGCUUGCACAGAAAGAAAAGGCGGCUAUGGAAGUGGAAGCCCCUUCAAAGCAAGCCAGGACAAGUGAAGCACAGCCCAGACGUCAAAAGAAGAUAAAAGCACCCCAGGAUGUAGACAUGGAGGAUCUUGAAGAGGAGAACUAAACUCUUCUCACAGGAGCUCCUCAGCUGGAGUCAGAAGGAGUUGGCAGUUGCUUUAAAGGACUUUGGAGAAAGCACAAUCUCCUUUCCGUGUCCUCAGAUUCCCCUUUUGCAGUGGUCUACUGACCUUCCCCGGAGGGACGCUAGGAGGGAAGAGGGCACAGAAGGAAGAUUGGAGAGCGUCCUUUCUAGCAAUCAGAUCCAUUUGUAAUGAAACCCUAGAGUUUGACUGAGUGCAGAAAUGGAGGUGGGCCUUGAAAAGCGUAUAUGUGGAGACAGGCCAGAAGCACGACCCACAGAACUUCAUUGAACAAAGGCAAUUAGAAACCAGCCUCUCUUGCUGGGUGCCAGUAGCUCACACCUGUCAUCCUAGCUACUCAGGAGACCGAGAUCUGAGGAUCACGGUUUGAAGCCAGC